GCCCGAUCCAAUGAAACCAUCCAUGACUCGCAUUGGUACCUGGCAUAUUAGGUGGGAAUUGGGAAUAUCCAAGCGCCUUUUUCUCUGCGAUAGUGGUCUAGGGUUUGGAAUCCUGAAGCAACCUCACAUGGGGGGUCGUGAUCCCUCUCCCCCCCCCUCCCCGGCUAAAUCUGACCCUCCCUGAGCCCAUGUUACGCUCCUUCGAGGCACUGACGUGUGUGUGCGCCCUGAUAAUAAAACUCCCAACUAAUGGCCUUUUAUAGCGCAGGGAGCUCGUCUUCUGCCCAUACCACUAGGCUGAUCCCUCCCCUCCCCUCGUAAAGCAUUCCUUUUGGCCCCCCUUUUCCAAACACCCCGGCUUCCAAACAUCCCAAUUACUACUACUACUACUACUCAACCCAGCAUACUCCCAACAUGAGAUACCUAACACGAUGGCGCUCCAGGCGCAAGGCUCCCAUUGUAACCGAAAAAUACCAGGCCCCGGCCCCGGGCGACAUCAACCAGGCAACACAGCCAGAUAUCCACUUCUCCGGCUCCCCGGCCGUCCACGCAACGUGGUUCAAUGUCCAUGACCAUUCGGAUUUCCGAAACAUCAGCGUCCGUUUACCCGCCUCAAUUGAUAAGAUCACAAUCGCUAUCGGCAAUCAUGUCCGAGAUGGGGUGUACAGCAUUGUCAGCAUGAGCGCCAGCGCGUACUCGAUCACGGUUGUGUGUUCGACGGAGAAGUCACAGGCGGAGGUCGCGGAGUGGGUGCAGAGGAUGAAGGACGAGCUGGGGAAGGAUGCGGUGAUUCCGCCGGAGGAACUGAUUUUGCUACGAGAAUGGGAGGAGAAAUGGGGCGUGGUGGAAGAGCUGUCAACCAUGGAGGAUGAACUAGAUACGGAUAUCGAACAUGAUCAUCGAGUGUUGAGUGCUGUACCAAGCUCGGCAGCGUUAUGAGGUUCAAGUUGGGAGAUAGGCUUUGAUUGAUGUAUACCCUGAUAUGAUUGUUUAUUCGGUACGAUGCGCAUGCC